AUGCGACGUAAGGGGUCGAAAAUACUAGUACCUGUUGAUCCUAAGAUUGAGAAGACCUGCAAAAGAGAAAGAAAACUGAAAAGACUUGAAAAGAUUGCCCAGAAUGUCAAUAAUGUCGCUAACAACAAUCAGAAUCAGGGUAAUGUGGGGAAUGUUGCAGCUGAGGCAAACUUACCCCUGAAGGACUAUGUACUCCCUACUGUUAUAGGGGUACAUUAUAGUAUUUGUCCACCUACUGUGGAGGCAAACAAUUUUGAGAUCAAGCCCUCUAUAAUUCAAAUGGUUCAGAAUUGGGUUCAGUUUGGAGGGCUACCUAAUGAGGAUCCAAACCUUCAUAUUACCAACUUUUUGGAGUUAUGUGACACUUUCAAAAUGAACGGAGUGAGUAAUGACGCAAUCCGUUUGAAGCUAUUUCCAUUUUCGUUGAGAGACAUGGCUAAAAGUUGGUUGAUUUUACUGCAAGCCAACUCCAUUCUGACAUGGGAAGAUCUUGCUAAAAAAUUUCUCGCUAAGUACUUUCCUCUUGCUAAAUCAACACGGAUUAGAGGAGAAAUAAAUAAUUUCUGUCAAUUUGAGGGAGAAUCAUUAUAUGAUGCUUGGGAGAGGUUUAAAGAGCUACUGCGAAAAUGUCCACAUCAUGGUAUAGUGAAAGGGAUGUUGGUGCACACUUUCUAUAAUGGUUUGAGGGGAAACACAAGAACUAUCAUAGAUGCAGCAGCAGGUGGAGCAUUUAUGAGCAAAAGCGCUAAUGAAGCUUACGAGCUUUUAGAGGAAAUGGCCAUGAAUAAUUAUAAUUGGCAAUCUGAGCGAGAAAAUAAGAAGGUGGUAGGAGUUCUAGAAGUGGAUCCUAUUGCUAUGCUCAUUGCUCAAAUUUCUUCGUUAACGAAACAAAUACAACAACAAAACAACAGUUCAGCUCAAGCGAUGCAACUACAACCUGCUCCUAUCAGUUGUGAGACAUGUGGAGGCCCUCAUCAUUUUCAGCAAUGUCCAUCGACGAGUUCUUAUUCAGUUGAUGAUAUCCUAUUUGAACAAGUUCAAGCCAUUGGUAAUUUCCCAAGGCCACCUAAUAAUGACCCAUACCCAAACAACUAUACUCCAACAUACAAGAAUCAUCCUAAUUUGUCAUGGAGUAAUAAUCAAGCACACCAACCACAGUAA